AUGGGACCUAAGAGAAGAAAGCACAUUCCUGAAGAGGCUUUAGCUUUUAUUCAUCAAGUUGCCUGUAUCCACAUGAACCUCAGUGAUGCUUAUUUGUACUUGACUUACUUGUAUAAUGAUGAAAAGUCAGGAUUUGGUUUUGGAGCAUAUUCUCGGGACAAGGCUACAGUGAAAUGGUUCUAUGCCAAAAGCAUCCUGAAAUGCAUCAUUGAACGCGGUAGUAAGGUUUGCAUUCCAGAAAUUCAGAGGCCUGAAAUAGACACCCAGGGAUGCAUCGAGUGUGUGACGGCUGUUCUAAAUAUGGAAAGAGAAUUAACCAAGACCCUGAAAAAUCUGUAUGAGCUCGCCUCAAAUAUUAAAGAUCGGCAUACAUUAAGAUUUGCAAGAGAGUUGAUACAUAGACAGAGAAGGGAUGAAGACCGUUUGAUACGGGAAAUUGAUAAGCUGAACCCAAGAGACGAGGAGGAGGAGGAUGAAGAAAUAAAGCUGCUUCGGGAGCAGGGUGUUGAAGUAUAUCAGGAAGUCAUACCUCGAAAGAUGCCAAGGAGAUAA